AUGGCUGCCAACUUUGUCGAGCUCGUGCGUCUGCGCGCCACCUCGGCGCCAAACGUCUUCAUCUCUUGUUCGGAUCCGGAAAAGAUGGGCAACCCUGCCGAUAUUGCGUACGGUGGAUGCGUCCAAGCCUUCGCUGUGAUCGCGGCGUUCAAAACCAUCGAAGCACACAAAGAGAUGCUCAACUUUGAAAUUCACUCGCUUCUCGGCACCUAUCUCGGACCAACGCUGGCCGAUCGCAAAGUCAAGCUCACCGUCUCGGACAUUCGCACCACUCGCUCAUUUGCUACUCGAUUUGUCGUCGCUAGCCAACUCUUCAACGACGGCAGCGAGCGAAACACUUUCUGCGCCACCAUCGACUUUACGGCUCCUAACAAGGUCGAUAACAACAAAGCCGGUCUUCCAUUUACCAGGUACAGCCGCAAACCAAAGAUGCAGUAUGCGCUUCCUGAGCAGCUACCGUCCAUGAGGGAUAUCGUGUUGCGCAAAGUGCAGGAGCACAAAGUGGAUCGAGACGCAGCCGACUUUUUGGAACAUAGCGUGUUUGCACUCAAUGUCAAGACUCUCACAAAUGUAUUCCCACCUCAGGGACUGCACGCACAGAAUGCCAUGGGCCUCGACCCGCUCGCCGAAUCCGAGCAGCAUUCAGCCGCGCUCACCGACAGGUUUACCGUUGACUGGGCCAAAUCGCUACAGGAUCUUUCUUCUCCUCCACCACCGCCUUCCAUUUCGGAUUUGCAACCGACCAACUACGAGGACGUGGGUGCCCCACUACCUGUCACACCUGUAUCGGCAAACGCGGCUCUUGUGGCCUUCCUGAUGGAUGGUGCUUUGUCGUUUAUCCCACUCACCUUUUCAAGGAUGUCGUUGACCGAUGCAAGUGCCGUCUCGUCGUUGGACUGCGCACUGCGCUACUUUUCCGUUCCCAAUAUGAACGACUUCCACUUGAGGGAGAUGCAGACCAUCCAGGGCAACGAGUGCAGGACGUAUUCCGAGUCGUUCCUAUGGGACAGGAACCAGAAUAUGGUGGCGAGCAUGACACAGGCUUGCAUUUUGAGGCCACACGCCCACAAUUUGUGA